AUGGCUGGCUCGCGACGGGCCCAGGAUAUAGACCAGUGGAGACCAGAGGAACCGUCACUGAGGGACACGCAGAGAGACGGGCCCAGGGAGCGCCUCAGAGACGGCAUCGACGACCCCAGGCCCUCGUCACCGGCGCGCGCUGCGAGGGAUUCCUCCAGACGUCGCACCAACGACACCGACACUCGUCCAUCAACCAAGAACCCGCGCGGCCGCUCGCGCGAGAGAAGCCCGAGUAGGGAUCGCACGCGUCGCCGCAGCCGCGAAGCAUCCAGGGACGAGCCACCACCACCACCACCAUCAUCACCGCGAUACGACGCCGCCCCCAAAGCGCCAGCGCACUCGCUCUCCAUCUCCGAAAGAUUCCUUCAAACGAUCGAAGCGCCACCGCAGCCGCAGCUUAGUACGCUCCAGAUCACGGGUCCGCCGCGCAGAUUCAACGCAUCGACAUUCCUAUAUACCCCUUUCUUCAUCCCGUCGCCGCUCGCCGUCGGCCGAUUCGCAUUACAGGCCAGUUUCACAUCGGUCUCGCAAGCGGUCUCUUUCAUUCAGAAAGACGGUCGAGACGUGACGAGCCCUUGCGGGGGGCAUCACCCAGAAGGCAUAGCCAUCGACGAAGCACUCCGCCGAGACGAUCGAGAGAAAGACCGCACGUGCCCAACUCUACUCGACCAAAGGAAAGAAGUCGCAGCCGUGCCCCUCGCGCCCCAAGGUCUCGCUCUCCAGCCCUCAGGCGUUCUCCAUUCCCAACUAGACGUAGCUCUCCAUUUCACUCGAGACGAGGCUUAA